GCUGUGUACAACGCUCAGACACAAGAGCAUCAGGUUUCCUCUUGUUUCUUUCCCAGCCUGGGCUAUGGGCUGUCGGCUACAAGAGAGCAGGAGCUUCCCGGGAAGAGGAGGGCAAAAGGAGGGGGAGAGGGCUGUAAGUGACCCAGGGAUCUAUGGCUCUCUCCCCCCACUCAGAGCAGGUGGAAGUGUCUGGAACCUGUAACCUGAUCAGUGCACUCCUAUCUGGAGACAGACAAACAGAUAGUCCCACAGUAAAUGCCCUGUAUUCAAGCUCAGCAUGGAAGUCUGUCUCAGUGUGCAGGCCCCUGUGACAGCUACGUUCCAGACAUCCUAAACACAGAGUUUGGAAAAUUCACCAUGGACCUUGUUAACAGUGAAAUAUCAGCUUCCACUUCUUUGCCAAGUUUUAGCACCUUCAUGGAUGGUUACACUGGAGAAUUUGACGCUUUCCUGUACCAGAUCCCUUCCUCAAACCAACAGUCCUCCCUGAAGGUGGAGGAGUUCCAGGUGUUCGGUUGCUACCCAGGAUCCUUCACCAACCAGUUGGAAGAAACUAUGUCUUCAAGUGGGUCAGAUUAUUAUGGUAGUCCUUGCUCUAUACCGUCUCCAUCAACACCAGGAUUCCAGAAUCCUCCUCUGCCACCCUGGGAGAGUUCCUAUGGUGCAUAUUCCCCAACACAGAGCUAUGAUGGUAUGCGUCCAUGGACUGAGCAGCAAAAAAACAAUAUCCCACAGCCUUCCUUCUUCUCAUUUGGGGCAUCUAUUCACAGUCCCAGUAUGGCUCCAAAUCCUUUAAAGAUGGUGUCAACACCACACAGACUUGAACAGCAGGUUGCAGAUACAGAUUUAUUUGCAUUAGGACAGAACUCUCCAGUAGGGUAUCAGAGUGUUCCUAUUGGUCAAGGUCCUGUGGUAUUGGAAAGCUCUGUUUUAUUGGACGGUCCUUUGUCUCCAUCAAAAGCACGCAGCCCAGGCUCUAGCGAAGGGCGCUGUGCAGUCUGUGGUGAUAAUGCUUCUUGUCAGCAUUAUGGUGUACGAACAUGUGAAGGGUGCAAAGGUUUUUUUAAGAGGACUGUACAGAAAAAUGCCAAGUACAUCUGUUUGGCUAACAAAGACUGUCCCGUGGACAAAAGGCGACGGAAUCGCUGCCAGUUCUGCCGAUUUCAGAAAUGCUUAGCAGUGGGAAUGGUGAAGGAAGUUGUACGGACUGAUAGUUUGAAGGGCAGGAGAGGUCGUCUUCCCUCAAAACCAAAACAAGUUCAAGACUCCUCUCCAGUUAGCCUAAUAAACUCACUGGUGCGUGCGCACAUCGACUCCAUACCCAGCUCUACUAAACUGGACUAUUCCAAGUUCCAAGAAAAUGUUUCUAUUCAGAUUGAAAAGGAGAACUCUGUAGAUGUACAGCAGUUUUACGAUUUGCUCUCUGGUUCCUUGGAUGUGAUUCGCAAAUGGGCAGAGAAGAUCCAGGGCUUUCUAGAGCUCCCUAAGGAAGACCAGGAUUUGCUGCUUGAAUCAUCUUUUCUAGAACUCUUCAUAUUGAGGCUGGCUUACAGGUCAAAGCCAGAGGAAGGGAAGCUUAUCUUUUGCAAUGGUGUGGUGCUUCACCGCCUGCAGUGUGUCCAGGGCUUCGGUGAAUGGAUAGACUCAAUCAUUGAUUUUUCACACAGUCUCCAACGCAUGAAUAUUGAUGUCCCAUCUUUCUCCUGCCUCUCUGCUCUUGUCCUCAUUACAGACAGGCACGGUUUGAAAGAACCUACGAAAGUUGAGGAACUGCAGAAUCGGAUUAUUAACUGUCUUAAGGAACAUGUGCCAUCUACCAUGAAUGAGCAGAACCGACAUAACUGUCUCUCCAAGUUGCUUGGAAAACUUCCAGAACUGCGGACCCUUUGUACGCAAGGCCUUCAACGUAUUUUCUAUCUUAAACUGGAGGACCUGGUGCCACCACCUCCUAUUGUGGAUAAGAUAUUCAUGGACACAUUGCCUUUCUGAAGAAAUCCUGUGCUGAUUCUGCAAGUCCAGAGAAAAGGAAGGCGUGAAGGCUGACCCCUUGCGAACUGUGGAACCUUUUCUUUGAUAUAUGGUGCCUAAUCCAGCAGAUCCAUAUCACUAAGUGAUCUACUGGAUCUUGUUUGGAGUUCUUUUUUUAAUACUAAAUGGAGAAUCCAGAUGUGCCUUUUGGGUAAAACUGAUUUUUUUUUCCUCCUGCUCAGUAUCCCUAUUAAGCUCUGCACUCAAAGUAUUUUUUUAUUAUUGUAUGUUUGCAGAGUGGUUAGCAUUGCAUCUCUCCUGGAACAGGAGCGUUUUUGACCAGAAUAAAAAGAAAAGACAAAUGAAACGGACUGAAAUAGGAGACAUGCCCUGUUCUCAUUCAGGUCACCAGGGAUGGACAUAAAUGCAGCUUGCUUUGUAAAAUCGUGUACAUAUAUUAAGAGACAAUUGUAAAUAGGACUUUAAAGUGCUACCCUUGCAGUGGUGACUUUGGCUCCCACAGUCCUCCUGGACUGUGUGUAUAUAUGUGUAAUUUUUGAAAAGAAAUCCUUUAUAUUUGUGUAUCUUAUUGGGUUUACAGUAUGUGUUUUUUUCUGAUUAAUAUAUAUUUAAUAUAUUGAAUAAAAAAUACUGUAACAGUAA